GCAAGGUUUCGAUUCUCGCAGCCACCCCACCGGCUACACUGCGGGACAGGGGUUGCCACAGCGAAUGGCGAGUGAGACAGCCUGUAUGCCGGAGCCCGUCCAGGCCAACGGGGCUUGCCACUGGCGCUGCCCUGAGCACAGCGAACGCCCGGCUGAGCUCUUCUGUCGCCGCUGCAGCCGUUGCGUAUGCGCGCUGUGCCCGGUGCUGGGUGCCCACCGCGGCCACCCGGUGGGCCUGGCCCAGGAGGAGGCUGCGAGCGUGCAGAAACUCUUCCAGGACUGUUUAGAAUGUUUGGCAACCAAGAAGCGGCAACACGCUGACAACAUAGCCCACUUGGAAGACGCUGGGGAAAAGCUCAAGGUUUAUGCAGACUCAAGUAAAGCCUGGCUGACACAGAAAUUCACGGAACUCAGAUUACUCCUGGAUGAAGAGGAAGUACUGGCCAAACAAUUCAUUGAUAAGAAUACAGAGCUUACCCUCCAGGUGUACAGGGAGCAAGCCGAGUCCUGCAGGAAGCAAAUUGAGGCCGUGGAUGAUUUCUCCACCAGGGUGUGGGUCAUGAGCCUGGAGCCCAACCCCAUUCAGCUGCUGCAGGCAUAUGUAGCCACUAAGUCAGAGAUGGGACAGCAGAUGAGCCCCCCGGAGCUGAGCCACCCUGUGCCCCUGUCCUUCGAGCCCAUCAAGAACUUCUUUAAGGAGUUUAUGGACGCCAUCCGGGACACUUUACAGACACCAAUGGACACUCGCCUGAAGGAAAACAUAAACUGCCAGCUCUCGGGAUCGUCCAGCACCAAGCCAGGCACCCUGUUGAAAAUCAGCCCUUCACCUGAGAGAUCACUCUUCCUGAAAUACGCCCGCACGCCCACACUGGACCCGGACACCAUGCACUCUCGUCUGCGGCUGUCGACGGAUGGACUGACCGUCCGCUGCGCGCUGCUGGGCCGCUUGGGGCCGCGCCCCGCGCCCCGGUUCGACGCUCUGCGUCAGGUGCUGGGACGCGACGGCUUCGCUGCCGGCCGCCACUACUGGGAGGUGGACGUGCAGGAGGCCGGCGUGGGCUGGUGGGUGGGCGCGGCCUACCCGUCGCUGCGACGCCGCGGGUCCUCGGCCGCCUCCCGCCUUGGCUGCAACCGCGAGUCGUGGUGCGUGAAGCGCUACGACCUCGAGUACUGGGCUUUCCACGAUUGCCAGCGAAGCCGCCUGCGGCCCCGCCGCGACCCCCACCGGAUCGGCGUCUUCCUGGACUACGAAGCGGGCUUGCUGGCCUUCUACGACGUGGGCGGUGGCAUGAGCCACUUGCACACCUUCCACGCCACCUUCCAGGAACCGCUCUACCCGGCCCUGCGCCUCUGGGAGGGGGCCAUCAGCAUCCCCCGGUUGCCCUAGGCGACCGUGCUUCCUUUCCUAGGCUGGUCUACAGGCUCUGCCCACGCAACCCCGGCGCUGCCUGUGUCUGGGACACCGUCAUGCAGCGCCAAGAACCUCCUGGCACACAGCAGGCACACAGUAAUUUUCAUUGAAAGAUUCCCGGCAGAGGCACUGCAUCUCCUUAAAGGUCCCAUGGGAGUCACCUGCUCUACAGCCACUUAACUUUGUCCCAGCCACCUUGAGCCAGAGAACCCGAGAUGGUUUCUAGUCUCCCGCUCCUCUCGCAUCUUCAUCUUCUACACUUAAACAAGGGUGAACGACCUGAAACCUAGCCCCGCCUCUUGGGAUUAGAAGGGGGUUCUCAAAGAGGUACAAGAAAAAAAUCAGGAAGGCCUUCUUAGCGUCCCGGCUUUUCUGGCCUGCUCUUUGAGCUGCUGAAAGUCUGUUCAGACAUUCUUCAGGCAGAAGCUAGUUCACAGUUUUGCCUCUUUAAAUGGUUGUGCGUCCCAACAUAAAUAGGAAAACCAUCUCUUUGCCUGUCUCACUCCUCGGGCUUAUCUGCCUCAAGAAGCCCCCCACCCCAAAAAAAUGAGACUUGCAAAUAUAGGACCUGUCAUUCCAGCUGCUUUCUAAGGACAUCAAAAAUGGUUCAGAAAGUCCCCUUCCAGGCAAUAAAUGAGUGAUCAGUUGGCUGCUACUCACAGAAGGGAAUACUGAGGAUGGCUCCAAGGUGAAUUUGACGGGACAUAGCUAACAUGGGAGAUGUACACUUGAUGCUACAUCUUCUUCAUCCACAAAAGACCAAGAGCUUUUCCCACACACACCACUGCAGGGGCCAAGCCAGGCAUCUCUUAACAAUUGUUAGGUGUUAUCACGUGUAGUUGUCCACUGCACACUUGAUCCUUACAGUCCUCCAAAGUGGGACAUGAGCCCAUCGUCCACGCAGCAGAAUUGGUACGCUUGAGUCAGGUGACUGACUGCCCAAGAUAACGGAACCAGUUGCAGUCUGGGUCUGUGCUUCCAGCAGGUGCUGUUGUAGACUCGGCAGCCCAACUCCCUGUUGGCAGUGCCCCCUCAGCUUUUUCACCUGCUUCCUUGGGCCAAAUCGGCCUCUAGAUUACCUCCGCUGGUCUCUGAGACAGGUUUCCUACCCUUCAUAGUGUUCUGAGUAUAAAGCAGAAAGACUGGGCUGGGCCAAGGUUUGUGCUGGCCAGAAGCCUAGUUUCUCAUCAGCUGUGUGGCCUCGGGCAAGACACUUUCUUCUCAUGGCCCCCAUCUGUGAAAUGCCGGUCAGUGCCAGAAGACUCAAGCGAGCCAAAGCUAGUGAACUUGCCUAAUAACUACUUUGUAUCAGGUUAGGAUCUGUUAACAUCUCCAACAGAGUCUCCCCUGUACCUCCUCACAGUGCAGGACCAUUGAUACCCAGCAGCUGGGUGGCAGCCUCUGGGGCUGCCCUAAUACUCUCAGGGCAGUUUUCCACGUUCUUGAAGAUAGAAGGCAUCUGUCUUGAUGCUCUUGGUUUUUUAGAAUUUACCUCAAAGGUAAACCACAAAUUGUUUUCCCAUGGUGCGUGGGCUAGAACCAGUGGCCUUGCACAUCCCAGGUGUGUGCUCCGCGGAGCUAUACUCUGGCCCCAGCGGGUGUUUGUUUGUAGGAAAAAGGCUUAGUCCAGGCCAGCCCCGAGGGAAAUGGAGGACAGACACCUGUCUCAAAUGUCCAGCUACAAGGGCCUGACCGUGUGGGACAUAAGAUUCCUGAGACUGGGCUCAGCAGGGACUGACUCUUAAGGGGGUUCUCAGACCUGGGGCCGGCUGCUGUGAUUUCUGGAUACUACCUCCCAGAGAGGGUCCAUGUAUCAUUUCCUUUGGGCACAUGGUUUCAAUCCAUGUUGGCUAGUGACAACCAUAUUUGUAAAUGACAAGUUCUCUAAUAAUAUGCAUCGUGUAAUAAAAUACGAAUGCUCUCCAGUGUAA